AUGGGGCAAACCCAGAGUACCCCACUCUCCCUCCUCUUGGCUAAUUUCAGGGACGUUCGGGCGAGAGGCAAUGACCUGAGCCUGGAUAUCCGGAGAUCUAGACUCAUCACUUUUUGCCGCUCCGAAUGGCCAACCUACGGGGUGGGAUGGCCCACUAGAGGGCCCUCUCAAAGGGAGAACCCUCCCCGCCCGCCGGACUCAACUGUUGCUUUACCCCUCCGGGAGAUUGCCCCCCCCCAUGAUACUGGCAAUCCCCGACUCCAGUAUUGGCCCUUUUCAACCAGUGAUCUGUAUAAUUGGAAAACUCAGAAUGUGCGAUUUUCAGAUAACCCGAAAGAUCUUAUAGCUCUCCUAGACAGCAUCAGGUUCACACACCAGCCCACCUGGGAUGACUGCCAGCCUCUGUUUACCACCGAGGAAAGAGAGAGGAUCCAGGUGGAGGCGAGAAAGCUGGUCCCCAGGGACGAUGGCCGGCCAACGGUCAAUCCAGACCUCAUUAAUGCGGGUUUCCCCUUGACCAGGCCUGACUGGGACUACAACGUGGCAGAAGGUAGAAGACGACUGCUUAUUUAUCGCCAGACUCUAAUAGUGGGUCUCAGGGCUGCUGCUCACAAGCCCACCAAUUUGGCCAAAGUGUAUGCAGUGAUGCAAGGUAAGACAAAGAGCCCGGCAGCAUUCCUAGAGAGAUUGAUGGAAGCCUUUAGACAGUACACCCCCAUGGAUCCCGAGGCCCCUGAGAAUCAGGCAGCAGUAGUUAUGUCCUUUGUAAACCAGACGGCCCCUGACAUUAAAAGAAAACUCCAAAAAUUAGAGGCUCUAGAAGGCAAGCAGGUUCAGGAUCUGCUCCACAUAGCACAGCGGGUCUACAACAACCGGGACACCCCGGAGGAUAAACAGCUUAAAGUGCAAAAGAUGACCAAAGUCCUGGCUACCUUCGUCCAAAAGGAGUCAACCCCUCAAGGGGAAUCCCAAAUAGCCCGACAACCCAGACGUCCCCUAGAUAAAGACCAAUGCGCAAAUUGCAGGGAAAAGGGACACUGGGCACGUGGCUGCCCUAAAAGGAACCCUCCGCGGGCUAGGCUGCAACCAUGGGAGCCAAAGCCCAACCCCAUUCUGUUUACCCGGAACUCUGACUAGGGGGGACAGGGUUCGGAUCCCCUCCCCGAGCCCAGGGUAACCCUACGAGUGGAGGGGAACCCCAUACAGUUCCUGGUUGACACUGGAGCCCAACACUCAGUGUUGACCAAACCCCAUGGAAAGAUCUCAGAUAAGUCCUGGGUCCAGGGAGCCACCGGGACUAAAAGAUACCCCUGGACCACUCAACGGACAGUGGACUUGGGCACAGGGAAAGUGACUCACUCUUUCCUGGUCAUCCCUGAUAGCCCCUGCCCCUUGUUGGGGAGAGACUUGCUCACCAAAAUGGGAGUGCACGUUUACUUCCAAUCCGGCAGUCCCACUCUCAGUCCCACCAGUGACCGAUCUCAGAACCUGUCAUUAUCGAUAUUUACAGUGCGUUUGGAAGAUGAGUAUCGGCUCCACCAAACAGCACCCCCUCAGGAACAAAAUAUCGAGUCCUAGCUUCUCCGGUUCCCUGAAGCCUGGGCGGAAACAGGAGGUGUGGGACUAGCUAAGCACCGACCGGCCCUCUUUAUAGAACUUAAACCUGGGGCCGACCCCGUCCGGGUCAAACAGUACCCCAUGUCCACUGAGGCUAAAUCGGGUAUCACCCCUCACAUCCAUCGCCUCCUGAACUCAGGGGUGCUAUGCCCCUGCCACUCGGCUUGGAACACACCCCUGCUGCCGGUACGUAAACCCAACAGCGGGGACUACCGGCCUGUACAAGAUCUGAGGGAAGUUAACAAGCGGGUUAUGGACAUACACCCUACUGUCCCUAACCCCUACACUCUCCUCAGUGCCCUGAGGCCUAACAAGAAAUGGUACACUGUUCUCGACCUGAAGGAUGCCUUUUUCAGUUUGCCCUUGGCACCCAAAAGCCAAGAUCUCUUUGCGUUCGAAUGGACAGACCCUGAGAAAGGCAUAAAUGGGCAGUUGACAUGGACUCGUCUCCCGCAAGGAUUCAUGAACUCGCCCACCCUGUUUGAUGAGCCCCUCCACGAGGAUCUAAGCUGCCUUCAAGGAACCAAAUACCUCCUUCAGACACUCGGUGACCUAGGGUACACCUCAGCAAAGAAGGCCCAGAUCUGCAAGCCUGAGGUAGUGUACCUGGGAUACCUGCUAAGAGGGGGACAAAGAUGGCUCACCGAUGCCCGCAAGGACACUGUGCUCCGCAUCCCCCAACCUACCUCGUCACGCCAGGUAAGGGAGUUCCUGGGAACAGCAGGAUACUGCCAACUAUGGACACCGGGCUUCGCCGAGAUGGCCAAGCCCCUGUACAUAGCCUCCAAGAACCAGCAGAACUUUGAAUGGACAGAGGAGGCAGAGCGAGCCUUCCAACAGAUAAAGGAGGCCCUCCUCUCAGCACCGGCUCUGGGACUGCCAGACAUUUCUAAACCAUUCCACUUAUAUGUGGAUGAGCGUAAUGGGGUGGCAAAGGCAGUAUUGACCCAACACUUAGGCCCCCGGCCUAGACCCGUAGCAUAUCUCUCAAAGAAAUUAGACCCAGUGGCAGCAGGGUGGCCCCCUUGCCUUUGAAUGAUAGCGGCCACCGCCUUGAUGGUGAAAGACACCGAUAAGUUGUCAAUGGGUCAGGAAUUACAUGUGACCACCCCUCACGCUAUUGAGGGCGUCCUUAAACAACCUCCGGACCGGUGGAUGAGUAAUGCUCGCAUGGUCCACUACCGAGGACUGCUGCUAAACCCUGAAAUAACUUAUACUCCCCCUCGGGCUCUAAACCCCGCAUUACUGUUACCUGACCCGGACCUAGACACCCCCCUCCAUGACUGCGCCGACAUAUUGGCCCAGGUUCACGGGCUGAGGGAAGACCUUCAGGACUACCCCCUGAUGGAUGCCAAGGUCGUUUGGUUCACUGAUGGCAGCAGUUUCAUCCACGAAGGACAGAGGCACGCAGGGGCCGUGGUCACAUCUGAAACAGAAGUUAUCUGGGUGGAAGCAUUGCCUCCGGGCACCUCAGCACAGAAGGCUGAGUUAAUCACCCUGACCCAGGCCCUUAAGUUGGGGCAAGGCCUCCAGAUGACUGUAUACACAGACAGCCGAUAUGCCUUUGCCACGGCCCACAUUCAUGGAGCAAUUUACAGGGAGAGGGGGCUACUCACCACCAAAGGGAAAGACAUCAAAAACAGGGACGAAAUUUUGGCCCUACUAACAGCCAUCUGGGCUCCCAAGAAGCUAGCCAUAGUACAUUGCCCUGGUCAUCAGAAACCAAACGAUCCGGUCUCCCGGGAAAAUUUUGCUGACCAGACUGCUCGCCAGAUAGCCUACAGGAACAUUCCAGUGCUUCCCAUACAGCUACCCAACCCGGGGCCCCGAGAACUGCCGCCUCGCCCCGAGUACUCUGAGGAAGACAUCACCUGGAUGAGUAAACUCCCGAUGCCUCAGGUCAAGGAUGGUUGGUGGCGGGACACUAAGGACAACAUCAUCCUCCCCGAGGCCCUGGGACAGGCAGUCUUAGAGCGGAUUCAUCACACGACCCAUUUGGGCUCCAGAAGACUCCAGGACCUUAUGAGGCAAUCCAGGUUGAUCAUCAAAAACAUCACCGAAAAAGCCGAAAGAAUUGCCUCAGGUUGUACAGCCUGCCGGCUCCAGAACGCUUACCCACGUCUCGCUGUGAUCGGAUCCCGAGAAAGAGGGACCCUGCCGGGGGCCUACUGGGAGAUAGAUUUUACAGAGGUAAAGCCUGGAAAAUAUGGCUAUAAGUAUUUACUGGUGUUUGUAGAUACCUUUUCAGGAUGGACUGAGGCUUUCCCAACCAAGCAUGAAAGAAUGCAGGUUGUAGUAAAGAAACUACUGGAGGAUAUUCUGCCCAGGUAUGGCUUUCCUGUUAUGUUGGGAUCAGAUAAUGGGCCAGCCUUCGUCUCUAAGGUAAGUCAGGGCCUGGCUUCCGUACUUGGGGUUAAUUGGAAAUUACAUUGUGGAUAUAGACCCCAGAGCUCAGGACGUGAGAGGAUGAAUAGAACCUUAAAAGAGACCCUUGUUAAAUUGACCAUGGAGACUGGCGCUAACUGGGUGGCUCUACUCCCCUAUGCUCUGUAUCGGCCCUGCAGCGGGUCCACAAAAGAAUUUGGCCUAAACUGAAGGAUUUAUA